ACUGCACGCGAGUCCAAUUUCCGUUUAGAACAAAAGCUUGGUCAGUUUUGUUGGGGUGUUUAUUUCACAAUAACUUUCAGUGUAGGACAAAUUUAUACAGCAAAAUAUAACACUAUAUCAAUUUUACAAUUAUAAUCAGCAAGACGGGUUCUGUGGAAGAUUUUGUUUUCUCUGCGGUGGUAUAAAUGGAAGACAGACCUGGGAAGAUAUUUGUAGGAGGUCUGGAUUUUGAUAUAGACGAAGAAGAAUUUGAGAAAAUAUUUGCCAAAUUUGGAAAAGUAACUGAAGUAUUACUAAAACGUGAUCAGCAGACUGGUAGAUCUAGAGGUUUUGGUUUCAUCACAUACGAGAAUCCCUCGGAUGCUGACGACGCUGUAAAGUCACUCGAUAAACAGGAUUUAAAAGGUAAAAUGGUACAUGUAGAUCAUGCAGUAAAACCAGGAGGAUCGUCAGGGGGUGGUGACCGCGGUGGUCGUGGUGGGUUCAGAGGCAGAGGUGCACCUCGAGGUCGAGGAUUUGGCGGAGGUUUCAGGGACAGUUACAGUAGUGGUAGGGGUGGUUCUAGCUUUGGAAGUAGAGGUGGAGGAUUUAGAGGGCGUGGUUCACCUAGAGGUGACAGAGGAGGAAGGGGCGGGUUUGGUAGUCGUGGCAGAGGUGGUGAUCGACCAAUGAGAGGGAGUUAUGGUGAUGACAGGAGAGGUCCCCCACAAAGACGUAGUUCAAUGGACAGAAGUUACAGUGACAGAGCACCACCAUCCAUGAGGAGAGACGAUGAUCGUUACGGUGGUAUGGACAGAGAUCGUUAUGGUAGCUCGAGCUUGUCAGACAGACGACCCAGAGAUCCCUAUCCACCUUCCCCACCAUCAAGAACCAUUGACAGAGAUCCAGUGUCUUCCUACAGAGAUUAUGGAAUGUCCAGCAGAGACUACAGUCCACCUAGGGAAAGAAUAUCAUCCAGAGAGUAUGUAUCAAGUAGAGAUAUUGGUGGUAUGUCUAGAAGCAGCUAUGAAGCACCUAGAGAUUCAUACACAUCUAGAGAUUCUUAUAUAACAAGUAGUAGCAGUAGACGCGACGACUAUCCGACACCCAGAGAUACAAGGGAAUACGUUACAUCGAGAGAAUCUCCACGAGAUUAUAUACCAAGAGAGACAACACGCACAAUGAGCAGGGAUUAUGACAGAAUGCAAACAUCACGGGAUACAUAUGAUUCAUAUAGAGAGCGAAUAUCAUCUGCCCCUACUAGGAGUUACAUGGCUGGUUCACCCCCAAGAUCAAGGUCACCCUUAACUACAAGUAGGUCAGCAUAUUCCCCACCUCCUCGUGGGGCUCCAAUGGGGAGAGAAAUGGAUAGAGAUAGAGGUAGAGGAGACUACAGUCCUGGUUCAAGACGACCAGCCCCAUAUGAUUCCCGCGGUCCAGCACCAAUCAAAAGAGCCAGAGCUGAUGACAUGCCACCAUCUAGAGGUCCUCCAUCUCGAGAUGGGCCUCCAAGGGGCAUGUCACGAGAUGGGCCUCCAAGAGAUUCAUCCAGAGGCCCACCUAGGGGACCUCCGAGAGAUAGCGGAAGAGGUGGUCCUCCACCAACAUUUAGACGUUAAAACAAUCCAUUAAAUUAAUGCAACACCCAUAUAAAGUGUUCAUAGGAAGUUAUUUUAACAUUCUGUUCAUGUUUUAUUAUCAGCAAUUGUUAUGUUGAUCUAAUGGGGUUUAAUCUUUUAUAGUUUUUUGUAAUUAAGCAAAUUAUGUGAAUGAUGCGUUUUAAACAGACUGGACAUGUUUUUUUUUGAUGACCCAAGAAAACUGGAGAUUUAUUUUGAAACACGGACUUCUUGAAUUCAUAUGCGAUAAAAGUUUGGGAAAGUAAACUAAACAGAAUGUUGUUACAACAAGUUAUGAAUGGAGUGUUUCUUCAUCGGCAAUGGAUAUGUUUUGUAUGAUGUGCAGAGGAGCAGCAUUUUUUUACAGAGAUAUCUGAAGCUAUGCAUUGAAAUAAUGGGAUUUUUGUUACAUUUUAACAAAGUACACGAAUCAUGAGAAUACUGGUAUGUGAAAACACCAAUUUUAGUGUUGUUUCAUUUCAUUUUAGAAAAAACUUUUUAGUUUUUAUUCUAUGUUGUAAAAUAUAAGGAAUUAAAGGAAAAGAAAACUCG